UUUUUGAUUCUCCGCCGGCAUUUCGCGCGUACAGUCAACAACAACAAUAGAGCGCGUAUGCUGGCAUCGUGGUGUAAACUAAUUGCAAAAUCAGCAAAUCCCAAAAGUUGUUGUCUUGUAUUUGAUAAUACUUCUGUAUCAAACUUCUUGUUUAGACAUUUCGUCAUGCCACCGAAGAAAAGAGCUGCUGCAAAUACUAAAGCUGCCAAGGAUAAAUCUAAACCGAAGUCUGUGGAUGAAACACUUGAAGAUGAGACCUCGGAAAAUGAAAUUGACACCGUCAAGAAAGGAACAAAGAGAAGCAGGGGAAAAGCAAAGAGAGCUGAUGAUGGAGAAAAUGGGUCUGAAGAGAAAUUAGAGCCCACUCCAAAGCAGGCCAAGGUCUCAGAUAGUCUUUCCACAACAGACUUUGAGUCGACAGCUAAAACAAAUGAUGGACGCCCCUGGAAUUUGAAGCUAGCAUCUUGGAAUAUCAAUGGUGUCCGAGCAUGGUUAAAUAAAGGUGGGCUGUCCUACCUGACAAAGGAAAAACCAGAUGUGCUUUGUGUCCAAGAGACAAAAUGUUCAAAACAAAAAAUUCCUAAGGAGGCUGAGGCAGAAGGCUACAAAGCUUACUGGUAUUCAGCAGAAAAAGAAGGAUACUCUGGCAUUGGAAUGUAUACAAAAACAGAGCCUAUCUCCAUCACAUAUGGCUUAGGUAUUGAAAAGCACGACAAUGAGGGCAGGGUGAUGACUGCAGAGUUUGACAAAUUCUACUUGGUUACUGCAUAUGUGCCUAACUCAGGACAGGGAUUGGUGCGGCUAAAGUACAGAACUGAAGAGUGGGAUGUAGAUUUCAGAAAAUAUCUGAAAGGCCUUGAGGAAAAGAAGCCAGUUGUUCUGUGUGGAGACCUCAAUGUUGCCCACCUUGAAAUAGAUCUGAAAAACCCCAAAUCUAACAAAAGGAAUGCGGGAUUUACCGAUGAGGAACGUGCAGAGUUUACGAAGCAGUUGGAGGAAGGCUUCAUUGAUUCUUUCCGCACACUCUACCCAGACCAGGAAGAAGCAUACACUUUCUGGUCGAACUUCAGAAAUGCCCGCGAAAAAAAUAUUGGCUGGCGUCUGGAUUACUUUGUAUUGUCACAGCGACUGAAGAAGGAUCUGUGUGACAGUUUGAUUCGUAAAGAUGUCAAAGGCAGUGAUCACUGUCCUGUUGUAGUGCUUCUCUCCCUGUGACAGAAUGCUGCUGCAUGGGUUUUGUCUGAAAAUGUUGGAAAACAGUUCUUAUGUGUUGUGGUCACCUUUCAGCAUUAAACAUCAACACAGUCCA